AAUGAACCAAACCAUGAGCACGAGUAGGAGAAAGGAUACGAAUUGGAGCUGGAAAUCGGCACUAAUCGGGGCGGCAUCAGCGACAGCGGCGGCGGCGAUCAUACUGGGGAAGCCAAGGGAUCCAACCUUCCAUCUGGUCUCCAUCACCCUCAACUCCUUCAAGCUCAACCUCCCCGUCGUCGACGCCGAGCUCAUCCUCACCGUCCACGUCACCAACCCCAACCUCGUCCCCAUCAACUACUCCUCCACUGUCAUGUCAAUCUUCUACGACGGCUCACUGCUGGGCUCCGCCCAGGUCCACGCCGGCUCCCAACCCGCCAAGUCCUGCCAGCUGCUCCGACUUCCUGCAAGGCUUGACGGCCUCGAGCUCGUCUCCCACCACGUCACCCGCUUCCUCUCAGACCUCGCCCGACGGGAAAUGGUCAUGGACGCCACCGUGGAAAUCUCCGGAACUGUCAGGCUGCUCUGGUGGGCCCACGGGUUCAACGUUCAUGUGGAGAGCCACGUCGUCGUUGAUCCCGUCUUCCUUGACGUCAUCGACCAAGAGAACAGGUCGCAGCUCGAUCUUAUUCUUGCCUGAGGGCAGAGCCA